GUCAAGUUAGAUCCGAGUCCCUCUCGGUCCACGUGGCACGCAGAUCCCUCCGCGUCCGCAGGCGGCGCUGGUGCCGCUCAGCAUUCUGGGAUCGGAGGCGUCGCAGCAUCCUCGCCACCAGCGCCGGACCGGGGGACUCUUUCUUCAUCUGACCGCUGCGAAGUGCCUUAGAGACCGCGGAGGGAGACAUGGGCCACGGAGACGUGAUGAGCCGGGCGGAGGACGCAGCGGACCAGUUCCUGCGGGUCACCAAACACUACCUGCCCCACGCGGCCCGGCUGUGCCUGGUCAGCACCUUCCUGGAGGACGGGUCCAGGAUGUGGUUCCAGUGGGCGGAGCAGAGCGACUACAUCGACUCCUCUUGGAGCUGUGGACGCCUCCUCGCCAGCCUCUUCGUCCUGCUCAACCUGCUGGGGCAGCUGGGAGGAUGUGUGUUGAUCCUCAGUAGAAACCUUGUUCAGGUCGCCUGCUUCACUCUGUUUGGGAUCAUUGGCAUGCAGACUGUGGCCUACAGCAUCCUGUGGGACCCAAAGUUCCUUUUGAGGAACCUUGCAUUGGGUGGAGGCCUGCUCCUCCUCCUGGCGGAGGGUCGUGGUGAAGCUCGCAGCGUGUUUGCAGGAGUUCCGUCUUUAGGUCACCAGAGUUCUCCCAGGAACCUCCUUCAGCUCAGUGGGAGGGUUCUCCUUGUCCUCAUGUUCAUGACGCUGCUGCACUUUGACCUGAGCCUGUUCACUGUUCUGCAGAACGCGGUGGGCUCGGCGCUCAUCCUGCUGGUGGCGGUGGGCUUUAAGACGAAGCUGGCCGCUCUCACCUUGGUGGUCUGGCUGCUCUGUGUCAACGUGACCUUCAACGCCUUCUGGGACGUCCCGUCCUACAAACCCACCCGCGACUUCCUCAAGUACGACUUCUUCCAGACCACGUCGGUGAUCGGCGGCCUGCUGCUGGUGGUGGCCCUGGGGCCCGGGGGGGUCUCCGUGGACGAGAAGAAGAAGGAGUGGUGAUGCUGCUAACACGAGGACAAAGAGAUAUUCAAAGUUAAACGGCUCUUAUGGUGGUCCAAAAACAUUUGAGAUGUUUGUGACUGAAGCUGUUUGCGUUGUGUGUUUUAUGGACGACGUUGUGACAAAGUGAAAUAACUUUCUCUCACGUGUUGUAGACGAUGUUAAAUAAAUCAGUCACACUUUGUAAAGCUUUUCGGUUUGUUAGUGUUCUCAAACUCAAAUCAUUCCCUAGAGCCACUUGUACACAUUUUACCCCCCCCCCCCCCCCACACCUGUCCCCUAGUGUUCCUUCAUCAUUCUACACCCUGUGAUGUCUUUGGUGUGAUGCUAGAAGCUCUCCAGCAGAUGGAGACGUUUCCUCAUGUUUUCCUCUUUUGGUGCUCGAUGUGCAAAUAAUUCAUUUUAACAUUUUAACUCAUUCGAUUCUUUUUGAUUUCAUUGUUAUCGAGAGAUUCAUUAAUAAAAUGCUUAGAAUAAACAAAUUGAAUAAUUUUUGUAUAACCCAAAAUCAAAAAUUAGCCUCCGAGAGCUUUACAGUCUGUACACGUGCAACAUCCUCUGACCUUGGAACCUCCCACCGACACAUGGAUAACCCCCCCCCCCCAAAA